AUUCUAAAAAGAAACAAAUUAUUAAGAUAUAGUAGAUCGAAGUGACGAUAAGUACAAAUUAGAAUCUUUAAUAUAAGAAAAGAUGGAAUAAAAUUCCUAAUUAUUUUCUUUAGAUUAUAUAAAAUAGCGUUUAAAUGAAAAAUUAUAAUAAAAUCAAGAAACAAAACAAAAAGUAUCCCAAAAUAACACAAAGCCACCUUCUACAUUUGCUUAAAUUAUGAUUUCUCAUAAUAAAUAAACAACAACAGAUCGUGAAUAAAAUUAAAAAUAAAAAAAGAAUCAAUAAUUUAUUUAAGAAUAAUUCAAUAUAUUAUCAGAAAGCGAUAACUUUGUAGAAGACAAGAAUAUAUAAUAGCAAGAUUAUUUUUAUACAAGAAAAAGAAGUACAAGCCAUAAUUAAAAAAAAACAGAGUAAGAAUAUAUAUAAUCUUAAUAGUAUCCAUUUAAGCCUUAAAUAAACGAUCUCCCUUAACAAAUAUAUGGCGAAAGUGAAAAUAUAAAUAUUUCUAAACAGGAAUAAUGGGAGAGACUUUUAAAAGAUAAAAUAAAUGCUAUUACAGAACGCGAUAAUCAAAAGAUUAUUUAUCAAAAAUAAGAAAUAGAAUAAAAUUGUACAUUUAAACCUUAAAUAAAUGAAAUAUCCAAACAUAUAAUGGCUGAUAAACCAUCAGAUAUGCCAAUUUAAGAGCGUUUGUAUAAAGAAGCAGAAAAAAUAUAAUAAUAAAAAGAAGAACUAAAACGAAAACAUGAAAAUAGUUAAAUUUACACAUUCAAACCUGAUAUAUAAUAAAGUAUUUCAAAUUUAAAAGGUGAACUUGCCUUUACAAAGCCUCUAUAUUAAAGACUUUAGUAAGUUAUGUAAGAAAAAUAAGAAAAUUUAUUAGAAUUAUAAAUAAAAAAUUAAAAUGAUAAUUAAUACACAUUUAAACCUGAAUUAAAUUAAAAAACUUACUAAAUUGCUAAAGAAAAAUUACAAGGAAAAAAUGUUGUAUAAAGACUUUUAAUAGAUGCAAUUGACAAAGAAAACAGAAAAUCGAAAAUAAUAGAAGAAAGUUAACUUUCUAUAAAUAAACUUUGUACAUUUUAACCAUAAAUAAAUCCUUCUAAUAGAUCUGAUUAUUAAGAAGAUGAAAAUCAAUCAAAAAGAUAGCAAGAGUUUGUUUAAAGAUAAUAUUUAAUGGCAGAUUAUUUAAAGGAAAAAUUAGAAGAAAAAAUAAAAUAAAUUGAUAAAGAUAGCGAAUAUAAAUUUAAACCUUAAAUAAAUCCAAUAAGUAAUUAUUUAAUUAAUGCAGAUGAAGAAAGAGCGCGUGAAACAACAGAUGAUAAAAUAAAAAGAUUAUAUGAAUAAGAAGGAAAAGUUCACUUGAUUCUUUAGCUUUUAAUAAAGACAAUACAAAGAAAUUAAAAAAAAAGGAAAGAAUUAGAAUAUGAGGAAAUGAAAGAAUGCACAUUUAAUCCGAUAACAAAAGAGUUCGAAAAUGGAGAUUAUAAGGAAAAACUAAAUGAAGUUAAAGGAGUAGAUAGAUUUUUAUUAUAAAAAGAGCUAUAAAAAAAUAAAGAAGAAUAAAAGAAAAAAAGGGAAGAUGAAGUUUUUACCCUUAAAAGCUAUAGUUAAUAUCGAUAAUAAAAUAAAACUAUUUUUCAGCCAUUUAAGUUAUCGAAAGGUAAUGGCCCAAACAAAAAUAAAUUAAGAGAAGAAAUAAUGAAAGAAUGUCUUGAAUAAUGCACUUUUUAACCUUAGACAAACGAAGCUAAGAACCGAGAAGCAAUAUAAAGAAUUUUAGAUAGAAUGGAAAAAUAGAAUUAAUUUAUUAAUGAAGAUGAUAAUGGGAUUGAAUGA